UUGCAGUAUGUGAUAAAAAACGCAAAGUAGAAAAAUUAGGAAAAUAAAUACUGAAAGGUAUUAUUGCUAUUCAUUAAAUUUUUAAUUAAGUGGGCGGUAUUGUCGUCGUCUAACGUAAAACGUUUGUGAAAAUGUGUGUUUAUUGGAAAAAAAUGUCAAAGAUGUGCGUCGAUAUGUAGCACCAUGCACAAAUAAGUAUUAUUUGCUCGUAUGCAAUUUAAUGAGGACAAUGUUUUGAUAAGCAUUAUUUAGAAUUCCCCAAGAUGAAUUUGAUGCGCAAACUAAGAGGAGCUUCUGCCUCCUCCUCUACUGAGACUCCAGAAAGCUCCAACUCCUCGUCACACGUUCAACUUGGUCUUAUGCACUUAAAGAAACUCUUUGCGGAGUACACCCACCCACCACAAACACUCACUGAGGCAGAAAAGGAUGACAAACUGUACAACAUGUUACCUCUCUUCUGUAAGGUGUUUGGAACGAGUCCAUCCAGUGAAAUGAAUGAAAAAUUCUGGGAUAUACUAUCAUUUUGUCAACAAGUUUCAAAACUUAUGGUAUCAGAAAUAAGAAAAAGAGCUAGCAAUCAGAGCACUGUGGCAGCUAGUUGUGCUAUUGCCAAAUUCUUAGAGAUAGAGAAUUCGGAGGAAUCUAGCAAUGGAUGGAUGUUGCUCUCUACUUUAAACCUUUUGGCAGCAGGAGAUCAAUCUUUGAUACAGGUGAUGACAACUGCAGCUAUACCAUCAACUUUAGUAAAAUGUUUAUAUUUAUUCUUUGAUCUCCCGGAGAUUCCUGAUUCGGAAGCUGAUGUUCAGGAUGCAAACAGUGAUUUCACACCAAGAGAGAGAAGGAUACUUUUACAAAAGAUAUUUGUGCAGGUACUUGUAAGACUAUGCAGCCAUCCAUUCCCCUGUGAGGAAUUGGCAAGGAAGGAUGAUUUGAGUCUAUUGUUCUCUGCUAUAACAUCUUGGUGCGCUCCACACAAUAUAAUGUGGAGGAAAUCUGCUGCGGAAGUAUUGAUGACACUAUCUAGACAUGGACUGACACAACCAGUUGUACAAUACAUACAUAAUAAAGGCUGCGUAGCUCUUUGUAUAGAAAACAUGCAAAGAAUACCAGAAUUGACACCAUUGGAGGUAGUGGAGAUGUUUGUGGCUGUGUUCUGUUUCUUAAAGGACUCAAGUGAAGUCAGUCAACUCUUACUUGACGAUUUUCGUUCAUGUCAAGGCUAUCUAUUCUUAUCGGAGUUUUUACUCAAACACGAAAAGCAAGACGUACCCGAUUAUUUGACAUCAGGGUUAGAAGAGGAGCGUGUGUGCGGUACGGAGGCGCGCGCAGCACUGCGCAACCUCGUUCUUAUGAUAUCAUCGUUGUGUGCAUGCGGCUUCUCCGAGCUGCGGCCAACACGCGCCAACACCGAGCUGUUCCAGCUGCAGGGCUUUGUGCUGCCACAGCCCACCACACAGGGACAGGCCGUCAGGAAUGUGCAAGCUUUUCAAGUUCUGCAAUCGGUAUUCAUAAAAUCUAAUUCACCUGCGCUUUGCUGCACAAUUCUAGAUGCAAUAUCGAGCGUAUAUCACGCGGAUAACGCAAACUACUUCAUACUCGAGAACCAAAAUACGUUGAGUCAGUUCUCAGAAAGGAUUUAUACGAAAAACGCAGAAAUACAAGAAAAAUUCUUUGAACUAUUGGAGUUCAUUGUAUUCCAGCUUAAUUUCGUACCGUGCAAAGAGUUGAUAUCACUUUCUUUGUUGUUAAAAGCAAAUAAAUCAAGAAGUUGCAGCAUUUUGUGUUUGAAAACUUUAUUGAAUAUUUUGAAGCACAAUACAAUAUUCAAAGAUGUGUACCGCGAAGUAGGUAUGCUGGAAGUAUUCGUAACGUGUCUCUCUCGGUACGCCGUCUUCUUGAAAGACAAGCAAAUACUCGAAGAAGAGAAGUUAAAGAGAGAGGGAGAAACUUCUGACGGAUCUCCUAUAGCACCUGAAAGAAGAAAGCGAUUAUCCAAACAUGACUCUUUGAUCAAAGAUCCUAAUACUGAUGUGGAGGAAGAAGAAUUAGGUACAUUAGUGAUGGAAGGUUUAACGGCUCUGUUGAAUGGAAAUACAAAUAAUUGUAACGUAUUCAGAGACUGCGGCGGAGCUAAAUGUGUACACGGCAUGGUUGUACAUGAAUCUUGUAGGACUAAAGCUUUAGGUGUGAUACGGGAGCUAAUUGUGAGCGGUUCCGGUGAAGAGGACAUGUCUGCACUGCUGUGUGGUAUGCACGCCGCGCCCAACGACGCCCUGAGACUGAAGCUGCACAUACUGAAGGCAUUGCUCGCCUGUCUGCGAGACUCGCAUCGCACAAGAACUAUUUUUAGAAAGGUGAGCGGGUUCGUGUAUGUGACCAGCGUGCUCGUGUCUCUGGAGGGCAAGCUCAAAGGGCAGGAGCUGAUGCAGCAUGAUAUGCUGCAGCUAAUACAUAUCGUCUUCUACACAAUCAGUACGGCGAUGAGAUUUGAACCUGCAAACGCUAAGUUCUUUCACCACGAGAUAUGUAUGACAACAUUAAGCGAAACAAUCAGACUGUUGGGCUGUUUCACUGACACCACUGAAUUAUUGAAUGACACUGAGAACGGGGAUCCGGAAUUAUAUGAAGUUUUUCAUGAAAUUUUCACUGGAAAUAUAUUGGAAAUGACAUUUCCUUCGACUGUGCCAGUGGUGUUUGUCCACGCGUGUAUAGUAUUGAGAUUGUUGUACGACGUGGCGUUAGAUUCUUUCGACAAGCCAACGUUUUGUGGCUCCUUGAAUGUCAAAUCUCCGAGUUUAACACGACAGAGUUCCGCUAUAAAUGAGACAAAGCCUGCGGGUCGCGCGGCACCUCUCAACCUAUCAACGGGAGGUACAUCGGAGGCAUGGGUGAUACACUCUGGCGUGGUGAUAGUGCUGGCCAAGCUGCUGCCGGCGCUGCCUCGACCACAGGACCACGAGGACCACGCCAGAGCUCUGCGGGAUUAUCUCGCGCAUGUACUCAAAAGUCUUGUCAGAAGCGAGCGCAACCAGCAAGUGAUGUGCGGUGCGGGGCUGGCGGGCGUGGUGCUGCGCGUGUGCGGCGCGGCGCUGCGCUGCGAGCGUCAUCCGCUGCACGCGCCCGCCAUGUACAUGCUCGAGAGACUUGCCGCGCACGCGCUCAGGCCAAUAGAGCUGCGGGAUUUCCUUCGUAUGGGCAACCCAUUGAACUGCCUCGCUCCGGAACCCGGUCAGGUGUGCAAGCCGGGCGGGCCCGUCCCGCUGACAAGGAUCAAGACGCUCGUCUCUAUGACCACGCCUAGAGAUUACAGAUCUCAAAACUCAUGCACCUUGCCACCGUUUGUGGAGUUCGAUAUGUCGGCGGAGGGUUUCGGCUGCCUGUACCUGCCCAGCAUCGCGCCGCAGUCUGCCAACUUGAACGCACUCGGCACACAGGACACCGCCACAUUGGGAGGCAUUGGAUAUGGUGAUCGAGUAUUCCCCCCUCAAACUGGUCUAUCGUAUUCGACGUGGAUUUGCGUGGAGAAAUACUCUGACCCUCGCACUGAUCCUCACUGCGUGCGUCUACUGACACUGGUCCGUAAUGUGAGCAGCGGCCGAGAUGACCACCUCGUGUGCCUCGCGCUGGUGCUUUCUGCAAGGGAUAAGGCCAUCAUUGUCUCCACGCAGGAGACCCUGGUGCCGCAUAACGUGGGCGAGUGGGAGCCGGAGGGUUCAGGCGAGUGCGGCGCACGCGUCUGGUGCCCAGACUUGCAGCACGAGGGCCAGUGGCAUCAUUUGGUGCUGGUGCUCAAUCGCGCUGUCUUAAAGAAUUCUUCCUUCUCUCUAUAUCUCGAUGGGCAGCACAUGCACUCGGGCAAGCUGCACUACGUGAGCGCGAACCCGGGGGGCGGGGCCGCCACACUGUCGGGCGCGUCCAGUGUCUACUGUGUGCUGGGCACGCCCCCGCAGUGGCGGCGCUACUCGCGUCUGCUGUGGCGACAAGGUCCUGCGCUGCUGCUCGAGGAGGUUUUGUCAGCACAAACCGUAUCAAUAAUCUAUCAACUGGGACCGCAUUAUGUGGGAACACUCCAAGCGCCGCUACCUCCCGGUCAGAACCAGGAGCCGCUCACACCGCUGGUAGCCGAGGAGAAGGUGGUGUUCGGCAUCAACGCGCGCGCCAUGUCUCAGCUCACUUUGGCCAAGAUACGCAAAGUGUACAGCAAGAACGACAACAAGGCGAUAGCGAAGCAGCUCGGCAUGUCCUCGCACGAGAAUGCCACGCCUAUUAGAGUGUUGCAUAACUCUGCCGGACACCUCAUGGGCCCGGCGAGAUGCUUGGGCGGAACUGUGGUCGGAUAUUUGGGAGUUAGAGUAUUUUGUCCUAAGCCCGCAGCUAUUAUGAUUGACACAGUGGGUGGAUGUUCAGUAUUAUUGGGGCUGAUAGCGAUGGCACAAGACGUAGAGUGCCUGUACGCGGGUGUCAAGGCGCUGGUGUGCGUCGUCCGCUCCAACAAGGCUGCCCAGGCGGAGAUGGACCGUCGCAAGGGGUACCAGACCCUCGCCAUGUUGCUGAAGAGGAAGAAGCAGCUCCUAAACUCGCAUAUACUGCAUCUCAUAUUCGGGCUGGUCGGCACAGUUGACAGUCAAAAAGAAACUUCGUCUAUUCCCAAUUUGACAGCUUUUCAGGAUUUAAUCUGUGAGCUGGAGGUGUGGCUGGGCGCGCCUGGCGGACUGAUCAAGUCGCUGCUGGAACACCUGCUGGAGCUGGCGACGGAAACGGCACACCGCGCUCACAACUUGCGCACCAUGCGAGACCUGCAGCUCGUCUCCCGUCUCCUGUACAUCAUCAGCGACGCCAGCGCGCGCCCGCCUUCCACACGACAUGUGCUCAUACAACUACUCGCUGCCUUGCUCGCCGGACAGCCGAGACCCAACGACUUGCUCUGCCUCGGACAGUUCAUGGCCUACACAUUACCACUGCCCUCGCAAACGGAAAAAGGAUUAACCUUAGUGGAAAGUGACUGCGAGAAGGAAUGCGAAGGUGAACAUGUCAUUCUCCGGAACAAAUGCUUCAAUGUUCUCCACGGGUUGUUAUUCACCGCGAGGAAUCUUGUCAAUACUAUUGUGUGCGAGGAGAUAUCGCGAGUUCUCGGCCUCGACUGGCUGCUGAGCUUCAUGCAGGAGAAUGUUCAUCCCACCACGGUACUGUGGGCACUGAGGAUACUUGUUAUUCUCUGCUCGGGACAAGGACAACCUUCUUCUAUUAUGCAAAGAUUCCGCGAGGGCGCGGGCAACGGCGGCUGGUUGCGGCACACUGAGGGCAGUGCGGCGCCGCAGCAGGCGGGCGUCGUGCUCGCCUCCGCCGUGCGCUCGCAGGCUCAUCUCCACUCCGCACUCCUGCACACCGCUGGCUUCACCUUGCUCACUUGGUUGAUACUAUACCACUUGGAGGUCCCGGAGCUGUACUACCUUCUGUUCGGUCUGAUGCUGGGUCAGCCGAUGCGCGCGGUGUGUUCGGAGCGCGCUGUGUGCGUGGACCGCGUGUGGAGCGCGGCGUGGGGCGCGGCGGCUCCCGCGCGCCAGUCGCCUGCCGCGCUUGCCGCGCGCAUCACGCUCUGUGCAGAGCCCGCGGUGGCGCUGCUGGCGGCUGCGCGCGCGCUCGUGCACGCCGACCCCGCCCCUCCAGACUGGCUGGCGGAUCAUCCAGUCGCUAUCGUACAGGUGCUGUUCUCACUGUACAACACGUUGCCUGACUUCGUGGGCAUCAUGAUGACGGCGGAGGUGCUCACCGCGCUCGCCUCAACACUCUUCCCGCCGCACACCUCAGAUGAUAUACAUAUGCCGAUUUGCGAGAGUGGAGACAGUUCUGGUGCAUCAACACCAGGUUCUGAGAAGGAAGUGGUGAUACCGUCGGGUGGUGCACUGACCACUCACCCAGUCAGGGCUGGGGUCAUGGACUUCCUCAAGGUCAUCGUCUUGGACUCCUUGUCCCUGACUGUUACUGGAAAAUCUUCGCCGAGCGCUUCGAGCGCGGCCGCUGACGCCGCGACCUCGUCAAUGUUUUGUGCGCCUUGUAGCCCGUGUUCAGCUCCGCCAAGAUCAUUUUUUUAUUGCGUGAUCGAUUUAGUGCUAGAUGCAUCACCACCGAAUUCUACAAGCCAACAACAAGUUGAAUACCAAACAGAAGUGUUGACGACUGUAAUGGAAAAUCUUCUGAACACGGAACUCUUUGGUACUGAGUCUAAUAUCUCCAAUGUGUGCUACCUCGCCGCGAGACUGGUCGACAAAUUGUGGCAGGGACAACUCUCUAGAGAUCCACAUGAAGUGUUCGACUUUAUAGUGAAGCUUGUGACCCAGGCCAAGAAGAAGUCAUCAGUGAUAUCAUUGGAGGGUCUGCACCACUGCCUCAACCGCACCAUACUGUAUCUGCUGUCUCGAUCCACUGACUCCAUAGCGGACCAAAUGUCUGUGCUUGAAGCAUUACAUAAAUUAACUACUAAUAGGUUACUAAUAUUCGGUGCGGGGAACCACGAGUUGGAGUUCAUCGGGUGCCUGACGUACUGCCUGCUGCAGCUGAGCGCCAACAUGAAGAUAGCUCUGGACGCUCACAUGCGCACCACCUGGCAUGUCAACCCCAGCGGUGACCUCGAGUCACGUGAUGACAGGCUCACCACGCACCAAGGUCGUAACUUAAUGGCGGGUGCGGCGCGGCGCGUGUGGGAGGAGCUGUACGCGUGCAAGAAGCCCGCCAUCGAGGAAGUGUUCAAGGUGACGCUGAGCGCGCCCGUUGGCAACGCGCGCGCGCCCGACCUGCCCGCCGCGCGCGACCAGCUCGCCGACGCCGCGCACCGGCUGUGGCUCAACUACAUCGACACUGAACGCAAGGCAGUAUACAGAGUGCCAUGGGAGCUUCAUAACCAAAUCCAGUCGAAGAUUCAGAAGGUGACUGGCGGGCUGACGCGGUUGGCCUCGCGCACCAAGGUCAAGAAGGAGGAGUCGGCCAAACAACGUGCGCACCUGCCGCGCGAGCACGCGUUAGCUUACAUGCAGGACCAUGUGCAGUUAGUCAGGCAAGCGUGGUGCGUGCAGCUUCAGACGGCGGCGAACACGAGCGCGCACACGACGCGUUAUGUGCAGGCGGAGUGGGCGGGGGCGUGGCGCGAACUGACACGCGAGCGCGGUCUGUGGGGCCCGCCGCGUGCCUCCCCCCUUGAUAAGUGGGCCCUCGACAGCACCGAGGGGCCCUGCCGCAUGCGCAAGAUGCUGCGUCGCAAUCACCACUUCUACCUGCACUACCCCUACCGCCCGCAUCUCCAGCAUCCGGACAACAAACAACUGAAGUACAAAGUAGCACAAAGUCUAGACAGCAAGGAGUACUACAGAGUGUACCAGCAAUGGCGCACAGCGGGCAACAGCCUGGGAGAAACUGACUGCAUAGAAACGUCAGACAUUGAUAUGUACAAAGAAGAAAUAACCAAUAAUAGAGACACAUCUUUGGAUGUGACCAACGAAGAAGGUUCACCUACAGACCUGGUCAGCAGCGGCGUGGUCAGCCGCGGCAGUAAUAAUACGUCUGGUGAAGGGAAUGAGGAUGGCCCAGAUGUUGAAGACGAGGAUGAACAACAAUCACCACCACCUGACAAUCAAACUCUUCUACGGUUAUUGGAGCAUCACGAAAAGAUCUCACACAUGUUCCGCUGUGCUCGGAUACAAGGUUUGGAUACCACUGAAGGGUUAUUACUGUUCGGUCGCGAGCACUGCUACGUCAUCGACGGCUUUACCCUGCUCAAGAACAGAGAAAUCCGGGACUUGGACAGCUGCCCUGAUGACUAUGAACCUAUCCUUCCCAGCCAGGGUAUACAGAGGAGCAAUCAGAGACAAUGUUCCAAGUUCUUGUAUGAAGACAUCAGGGAAGUACACAAGAGACGAUAUCUGUUGCAACCAAUUGCACUGGAAGUAUUCUCAAGUGACGGACGAAACUAUUUGCUAGCAUUUCCAAGAAAAGUACGGAAUAAGGUGUACAGCAGGUUCACAGCGCUGGCGACUGGCAUGGCGGACAGUGCUGCGGGCUCGGUGGCGGGACAGAAGCGCGGAGUGGCAGUGGAGCAACCUGCCGGACUGCUCGCCUCACUCAUUGGUGACACCUCUGUCACACAGCGCUGGCUGAGAGGAGAAAUUUCCAACUUCCAAUACUUGAUGCACCUGAACACGUUAGCUGGAAGGUCGUAUAAUGACCUGAUGCAGUAUCCCGUUUUCCCCUGGAUCCUGGCUGACUACGACUCGCUCGAGCUGGACCUCACCGACCCUGCGACCUUCCGCGACCUCACCAAACCCAUGGGCGCUCAGAGUUCUGACAGAUUAGAACAGUUUAGAAAAAGAUACAAGGAAUGGGACGACCCUCACGGCGAGACGCCGCCGUAUCACUACGGCACACAUUAUUCCUCCGCCAUGAUCGUGUGCUCGUACCUCGUGCGCAUGGAGCCCUUCACCCAGCACUUCCUGCGUCUGCAGGGAGGACACUUUGACCUUGCUGACAGAAUGUUUCAUUCUAUAAAAGAAGCGUGGAACUCAGCGUCCCGGCACAACAUGGCUGACGUCAAGGAACUAAUACCGGAAUUUUUCUACUUGCCAGAGUUUUUACUCAACUCGAAUAACUUCGAUUUAGGCUGCAAGCAGUCAGGAGUGGCGCUGGGUGACGUGGUGCUGCCGGCGUGGGCACGAGGAGACCCCCGCGAGUUCAUCCGCCUGCACCGCGCUGCGCUCGAGUGCGACUAUGUGUCACAUCGUCUGCACCACUGGAUAGACCUCGUCUUCGGAUACAAGCAGCAGGGACAGCCUGCGGUUGAUGCCUGCAACGUCUUCCAUCAUCUCUUCUAUGAGGGAAAUGUUGAUAUAUACAAUAUCGACGAUCCGUUAAAAAAGAACGCUACGAUUGGCUUCAUCAAUAACUUUGGCCAAAUACCGAAGCAAUUGUUCAAGAAAGCUCAUCCUAGUAAGAAAAUGUCCCAACGAAGUUCUACAAUACUGGAUCCUAACAAUAUUAUACCAUCACAAGGUAUAACACCGCCGGAGAAACUAUUCUUCCAUAACUUGGAGAACCUAAGGCCAUCAUUGCAACCCGUGAAAGAGGUGAAAGGUCCCGUGGGUCAAAUUUUGUACACGGACAAGGCGAUCCUGGCAGUGGAGCAGAACAAGGUGCUGAUGCCGCCCGCGUACAACAAGUACGUGGCGUGGGGGUUCGCGGACCACUCCUUGCGUAUUGGUAACUACGACAGUGAGCGCGCCGUCUUUGUCAGUGAGGCGGCCGCACACGCCUGCGGAGAGCUCGUAGCCUGCGUCUGCCCCUCCGACAAGACGAUCGUCACUGCUGGCACCAGCACGGUGGUGACAGUGUGGCAGUACUGGGCGCGGCGGCGGCGGCUGGCGGUGAAGGUGUGCCUGUACGGACACUCGGAGGCGGUGACGUGUCUGGCGGCGAGCGCGGCCUACAACCUGGUGGUGAGCGGCAGUCGCGACGGACACGCCAUCGUGUGGGAUGUGGAGCGCGGCUCCUUCGUGCGUCAGCUGCUGCCCCCCCACCUCGCCGGGCCCCCACCACCUGUCUCUGCGCUCGCUAUUGAUGAUCUCACCGGCGACAUAGCGACGUGUAGUGGCAGUUGGCUGCACGCGUGGUCUAUCAACGGUCAGCUGCUGGGCGCGGCGGACGGCGGCGCCGGCCAGCAGCUGCUGUGCGCAGCCUUCAGUCAGGCGCGAGAGUGGGACCCGCUCAACGUCAUCAUCACUGGCUCUACUGAUGGCGUAGUUAGGAUGUUUUCAAUUGACUACGUAGCGGAGACACUAGAAGAAGAAACUCAGAGUCAGGAUGUCAGUAUCGAACCAAUCACUAAUUCAAUGGAAAGUGAAUUGAAAGCGAGACCAGCUGUACCCGCACAGGACAGUGAGUGUGUGACCACGACGGAGAGUGAAGUUAAAUCGGAUGCGGAAGACCAGGUCGAUGAGGCGGCGGCCAUCAAACGAGUUGAGGAGUUGGUUAAACAGAUGAGCCUAUCACAGGAGCCUGAAGGAAACCUCACAAAGUCUGGGUCAGAGAGUUCCUUAUCUGACGCGUGUGAGACGACCAGUGCCAAAGAAUCCGCGCGCCGACACGACGAGAAGGACACCUGCAGCGAUAACGACGAACCCUACAGAGAGAAACAGGUCGUGUACAGCGACGACAUCGCACGACACUACGACAACGAUAAGGACGGAGAUAGCGAGGCCCAUGGGGUUGAAAAAGAAGGAGAUACUGGAACCCACGAGGGUAAUGACGAAGAUAGCGGAAUCGAAAGAAUCGACAAGGAGGAAGAUAUCGGGUCCCAAGAGGAGGACAGGGACGCAGAUGUCGAAAAUGUGACACAUAGAAGCAAGCUGCAGAAGCAAGGCCACGUCGUGCUCAGGCGGAAGUCGAAAGCCAACCCAUUGUACAGGAAAAGCGGUGGUAGUAUCGGGGAGUCUAGCGAGUCGGGGUCGCAGGAGGCGGGCGGGAGCGCCGGCGGGGGCAGGGACUCGUGCGAGGGCGCGGGCGAUGGACUGCGCACCAGCAAGUCCGACACCAGCCUCAGCGACUCCUUCGUCAUGCUCUCUGCACCGCCCUCUCCCUCGCCCAAACCUGCGCGACCUUCACACACCGCCACGUCUGCAGUGUCAGGAGAUGGCGCGGGCGCGGUGCGAUGGCGACGGCGGCUGGUGUUGCGCGGCAAGCUGACCAUGCACACUGCGUACGAGCGUCGUGACAACGCCAGCCCCGCCGCAGUCACUGCGGUCGCCGCCGCGCGUAGCGGACGCGGACUCGCCGUAGGGGACGCGCGUGGACGGAUCUUCCGGUGGUCGGCGCCGGACAUGUCGAGCGCGGCGGGAGCUAAGGGCGGGCCGGCCGACCAUUGGAUACGCGACGACACCGCACCAUUCUGUACCCAGUGCCAGGUUCGAUUCACGGCCCUAGAGCGCCGGCACCACUGCAGGGAGUGCGGCGCAGUGUUCUGCGGCCGCUGCACGCGAUACGAGGCGCCCGUGCGUCGUUUGCGUGCGCUGCGACCUGUACGCGUCUGUCAGCGUUGCCAUGACAAUAUACAUGGCAAGAAGGAGUAGACAACCAUACGUGAACAGUCAACACAUCCUGACCUCGCCGCGUUUGCUCCGCCCCUCUCCCCCCGCCCAAUUCCGAUACGGCCCCGCCCCUCGUCGCUACCAAUCUUUGAGGA